AUGCCGGCAGGCUCCACGGAAGACCCGGCGGAGAGCCCCGACCAGGACCUGGACGGGAGGGCCACCAUCGAUUCAGAGGACAUAGACGCUGGCGAAGAGGAGCCGGGACCAAUGGCGGCACCAUGCACACCAGGAGGCACGCCAGAGCCACGAGGACCACCACCUCCCCAAGCCGUACAGGUGGUUCAAGGAGUGGCGCAUCGCACCGCCAGCGCCCUGGCACAGGCCUUUGCGGAGGACGGAGUGACGGUGGGAAAUAUCUUAGUCCUGGUUCCCUUCGACUACCGGAGCAUGGGAGACAUGUUGAUCCGCAUCGAACCACUGCGGGGCGACUUCAGGCUCCACCCGAAUGUCCUCGAGGUGAACCCGGUGGAGGAGGAAGAAGAGGCAGGCGAGAUGCUGGAGGAAAGCCCAGUCCGAGAGCUUGAGGGCGUGGAGACGAACGACGACAAGCUGCACCGCCUGGCCAAGCAGAAGGACCACGAGGGCCGCACAGCCCGCCAGAUCAUCAAUCAGAUGAAUCGCGAGGGCCGGACGAAGAUGACAAACGAGGAGACUACACGCAUAAUCUCUACGAUACCGCAGAGCUUCAUGGCCCAAGUUACGGCAGAUGAUGAGGAGAAUGCUGAGCUGCAUGGAGCUGAGGCUGAGGCAUCCUCUACGGCCGCGGCUUCCUCCGCAGCUUCCUCAAUGGUGGCUACCUCUAUGGCCUCUAUGACUUCCACUACCACUACGCCUAUGACCCCGGCUCCCAAGACACCUCCCUUGAAGCCAACAUCGAAAGCAGUCGCCUAUGCACCGUGGCGUCGCAAAAGGCCCAACACGAAUAACGACGCCGUGACCGAGCCCCCAAUGAACCGGAAGCUCGAGCCUCAUUUGAUCAAAGUUUGUGUUUGCAUGCGUUUAGCCUCUAAGCCUGAACAAUCGGAGUGCCUCUGCUUAGGCACCGUCGCUCUGAUAAAACUGAGUAGGAUUCCUAAGAUCCCUCACCCACGAGUGGGCAAAAGCUCUCGGCAAUGCCGGGCUCUGACUGCCAUGCCUGCACAGACGACCUCGCACAUGGGACAGCUGGUGAAAAGAAGACUGCAAGAGACUGUGUACCAGUGGGGUGAUGCAAUCAAUGAUUUCAUAUCACCCACAUGUACCACGCCACUGGCCAGGUACCACUUGACGAUCCUUCCAAAGCAGCCGGCGGGUGACUUACAUUACAGUAUAUCUUGGACUCUUUUGGAUCACAGUCAAUAUCUGGAAAGGUACCACAUUCGCGACAUCCAGACCCAGCUUCUCCAGAUCUUCUUGAUCUUUCUGCUCCUGCAGGCAGUCUCAUAUGAUAUCAGUGCUUUCAGCCAACAAGAUUUGAGUUCGCAGACAAAUGCAAUGGAACCUUCAGGUACAGCAAUCACAUCAACUACCAUCUCACGGAGUAUCAAGCCCAGCUGCGCCGGUCCCAAGUCCGGCGGUGUUCACAGGACAUGCUAUCACCACACCAAACUUGCUCUGGUGAUCUUCAUUGCAUGUAUCCAGUCUACCUUAUCAGUGAGCACAGACGCGAGGGUUGACGUUCAUCCCACUAGGACGUCUGAAGCCGUCAAGGCAAAGCCAGUGGGACCAUGGGAUGCCGCAAUCCCGGGCAUACAGUCAGGUAUUUCCAGAUGUGUAAAGCGUAGCUACAAAAGAGCAUAUGCAAGGUCCUGCCGCGAAGGUGGAGCCUUCUAUCGAGGCAUCUGGCGACAGCAUCAAUGGUUCCAGCCUACGUCUUUUCGCACGCAACCUCUGCACAGGCAUCGACCUCAACAACCCAAAGGUCGUUCAAUCAAGAUGAUCACCUGGAAUGCAGGCGGACUACAUGCAUCGAUCUUCCGCGAGUUAACUACCUACCUUGCAGAUGAAGCAAUCGAUGUUUGCGUUGUGCAGGAGACACAUUGGAACUACGACGCCAAUUGGAGCACCCCCGAUUUUCACUUCGUGCAUUCCUCAGGACACAACAAAGAAGAUAAACAAGGAGGUGUCCUCACCAUUGUCUCCACCAAGGUGGCAACGAGCUCAGAACUGCAAUACCACGAGAUCUGGCCGGGCCGCCUACUACACGUGAGAGUCAACAAGCACCAGCCCAUUGACAUCUUGAAUGUAUAUCAGUACACAGCGAAUGAUCAAUCGCUCACCCCGGAACGCAGGCACAAAUAUCUACUACGACUUCGGCACGCCCUGAGUGGAAUUCCCAGCCGCCACGUCAUGAUCUUAGCCGGGGAUUUCAACACCACAUGUGUCACUACCCCGAAGGUCUGUGGCAAAUGGGUGCUUCCUGCUAGCGAGGCACACAACAAGGACAACAACGACUUCAUGUCAAUCCUCAUCUCCUAUAGCCUCACAGCUUUGAAUACCUGGAACAGGCCAGAGCAUCAUCAGCUGGCCACCUUCACCUUCGGCACGCUUGCAUCUCAGAUUGACUACAUAAUAUGUAGACAAGCGGAUGCCAACAGUCAAGCCAAACAGGCAGCGAUUGUGCCACACUUCCCGGUUGCAAGCUGGAGAGAGGGAGCCAACCAUCACCCUGUACAGGCCUACAUUCGCAUUCCACAUCACACAAGCUCAGCACCACCCAUCCACAAAAGCCCCAGGAUCGACAUCAACCACAUCAUUGAGGACCUCAAGCUGCCGGAACCCACGCAGGCUCUCAAUGCACUGCGUCAUAGUGUCAAUAAAGGCAUUCGAGAUGGCGACUGGAGCACACUCCCACAACUCGAGGAAGGACUACUGCAAGCAGCACAAGAGCUUUAUCCAAAACGUGCAGCUGAUGAUCCCCACAAAGAGGCGGAUAUGCAACUGUCUCACUGUGCUCGUCACAUGUGGGCAAUCUUCCGUGAGAUGAGAACACACUCCUUCAGCUUGACCGGCGUCUUCCACUCAUGGAGGCAAUGGUCUCAGUUCUCUAAGGCACAUAGAGAGCAUAAGAAAAGGGCCAAAGAUCGCAGUAAAGCUUGGCGGAGAGAUCUGAUCCUGAAGGCCCAGCAAGCAGCCGAGAACAACAAUAUGUUCCAGAUCUGGGAGGUAGUCAAAAGUUUGGCCCCCAAGACGAAGCGCAAAAAGCUGCAGCUGUUCAGGAACGGACACAUGAUGACUCCUGAAGCCGAGCUUGACUGGAUCAUUGAAGAGUUCGGGGAGAGGUACGGAGCCAGAGCCCCACCAACUCAAGCACACAUCAGACAACAUGAUCCCAUACUCAUUGGACCAGCAGAGGUAUGGCACCAACUUGAACAUCUGCCCGUUCGCAAGGCAGUUCCUGCUCACAUGGCUCCUUCAGUACUUUGGAAAGCCUGUUCGGCGGAAGUCUCAGUCUUUAUCUCUCAACAGGUAUGCGCACAAUGGAGCUCCCCGGUUCUACAUGUACAACAAGAAUGGGCCGAUGCCACAGUGGCUCUCUUGCCUAAACCAACAGGCAAGAACGACACGCCCCUUAGUUGGAGGCCAAUUGGCCUACAGCAUCCGGUGGGCAAAAGCAUCAUGAAGGUUCUCCUUGCACAGGCAAAGGACCAAAUCCAUGAUCUUGUCAAGAAGUGGCCUCAGUGUGCAUACGUACCCAACAGGAGCACCACUACGGCACUCAAGAGAGUCUACAAGCACUGUGCAAAGGUGCGAGAGGCUUGCAGUCAACACAGAGUGAACCUUCACCAACUGAAGGAGGGAGCGCAACCCAUCAGGAACUAUGGAGGACUCCAGAUAAGUAUGGAUCUUUCUGCAGCGUUUGAUCUUGUCUCCUGGGCUACCAUUAAAGAUGCGUUAGAAUUGGCACAAAUCGAUCCCAGUAUCCAGGAAAUUCUCCUUCAGUGGCUCAGUCAAGUUCGUUACACUUUUCAGCACAAAGGCAUGGAGAAGGACAUUUGGCCAUCAUGGGGAUUGAGACAGGGAUGUAUUGCAAGCCCAGUGCUCUGGGCUGCCUUCACAGCUCUCCUCAGUCAAGCAAUUGAUAAGCGCAUCGAGGACAAAUGGAGCUCGGACCACUCCACGAUGUACGCCGACGACACGCACUUACAAUGGACCUUUCAUAGUCUUUACGGCUUUGAGCAAACCAUCAGUGAGCUGAAUAGAGUGAUCGCUGUCUUCAGGAGACUGGGAAUGAAGGUGAACACGACCAAGACCAAGGCCAUUCUUCGACUUACAGGCAACAUGAAGCAUUACAUCAAGAAACACUACAUUCGUUGCCACGGUAAUGAACGAAGACUGCUUCUUUCCCCAGGAGAUCCUACUGUAUGGAUCCAAUUGGUGGACCAGGCCGAGUAUCUAGGACUGAUCAUCUCCUAUGACAACUUUGAGCUACAGUCUGUCAAGCAUCGAAUCAACAAGGCUCACAAUCGGAGAUGGUCGCUGGCGUCGGUCCUCCACACCAAAAAGGUCUCGAUUCCGUAUAAGCUCAAUCUAUGGCGUAGCUGCGUACUCUCCACAAUGUUGUACGCCCUCCACAGCCUAUGUCUUGGUGCAGGCCAAAUACGUCUGCUUCAGCGGGCCCUCAUGCGCCACAUCCGGGCCAUUGUCUCGGACCAGGCUUUCCGUACGGGGCACACACAUGAGGAUAUAAUGACUAAAUAUGGCAUUCAAACUGCACAAGACCUACUUGAGCGAGCACAUGAACGAGAUCAACAACAAGCAACGGCGACCGACUGGCUUGUGGACUCAGAGUGGAAUCACUCUAUCUCCCAGGCUCUGCUCGAGGCUGCUCAGACGACAGAACCAGAGUCAGACACUGAGAAAGCCAUAUGGGCUUGCCCUCUAUGCUCAGAGCAAUUUGUCUCGCAGGCAGCUCUCAAAACCCAUGCUAGGCGUGCACACAAAAUCGUGGCGCAGCGAAAGAACAUCUUCAACCGCAUCGUGCACUCAGUCGGUGGACUCCCUCAGUGUUCCGGAUGUCUCAAGCGCUUCAGCAAAUGGCAGUCCCUUGAAAUACAUAUCAACACAGAUGCUUGCACUGCCCAGACGCUGAAGGACACGCAAGCAACCACUGACUUGACAGAGAUUGGGGCAAGCCAGACUCCGCUGCCUACUCCCGAGGAGACUCCGGAUCAGGAACCAUUUCGAGAGAACAUGUUGCACACCGAGGUAAAGAAGGAUGCCGAGACUUCCGACACCCUAGCGCCCGGACCUGGACCCAUGCAAGAAGGUUCGAAGCAAAAAGACGGCGUGAAUGACUCCCAAGACCAUGUCACCAGUGCACCAGCCCACUCAUCAGGUAUGUCAUCUCAGCCCACACUUCAGACCGAGCGGAUACAUGACUCAGUGCCAACACCUGUUGUACCGAUGCUUUUUCAGGAACGUGUGCUUUCUCUUGUGCAGAAAGGAUUGAAUGCCUUCAUUGCUGAAACAAGCAUCACGACUUCUAUGCAACAGUCAUGUGCGCUAUGUGGACAAUGGAUAGCCUCGCAGAAAGUGGUUAAGACGCACUACCAGCACACACACAAGCAUCUUUAUCAGCAGCUUGCGCACAAAGCCCUCAAGCUCAUCGAGCAGAAAGCUACUCCGUGCAUACAGUGCCAUUUCUGCCACAGGAACAUGGCCUUCGGGGACCAGGAUUGGGAAGAAUUCUUUGGAGAGAUCCAGGGAGUGGACCUACCAAUGAUGCCAAGCGCGUCUCCGUGGAGCCAAGCACCAGCAGAGAGCCCCUUCACCUUCACGGGAAACAAAAGACGGAGGGACCCUUUCGGCGAGCAGAGACCGGUUCCACAUCCACACCCAGACCCGAGACGACAUCCCUUCCAAGCUCCGCCUCCUCGACACUACAACAGAGACCCCUUGCUGUAUACUUUGGCAAAAACGGUCUUGCAGCAACAGGAAGAGCUGAAGGUUCUCAAGCAAGACACGGCCCUGGUGCUUUUUCUACGCCCAGGGGAGGAAAGCGUACUUCAUCACCUAUACAAGGUAGCGGCGCACUUCAAGGCCAAACAGGAUCAGGAUGCAACAUGGCAGCUAGGCCAAAGCCCCCUGCGCAUGGUUUUGGCGGUGGCCCUCUUCAAGGAAAUCACCGACAGACUGACUCAGACAGUAGCUUCGCAAGAAAGACUGAAGAAGGUAGUGGACCAAGGAUGGAGAGACACCCAAGGAGGCUGGAGAUACCAGGUUUGGAAUCACAAGACCAAACAGCUCCAGCAAGACAGCAGCCGGCCACCGAUUCCGGAGGACAAGCUACUCGACCAUCUGGCCACCAUCAUUCAGUGUCUUCGCCAGCCCAUUGUCAACCGGUUCCGCUGCACGCGGAAACUUAUGGAAACAAUGUCAAGCCCAGCUACGUUCAAACUAGAUCUGUCGAUCCGCAGUCACAGUGCUUUGACAAUGUGGGAUACAAUGAAGAUGUUGCAGGGGAAUGCAGUUUUCCAACUUGCGGGAAUGGCCUACAAGACGGAAAGCCUGGCAAGAGGGCCUGCCGAGCAGCGACUGGCAGAGAUGAUUUAUGGCCGGAGGUAG